AUGAAAGCGGGUAGCAGCCUUGUGGCACUCUUGAUCUUGGGUCUGUGUGGAUUGGGCCAGAGCCAGCGCAUUGACGAUAUAUGCACGCUCUUCUCGAAUAAUACGGUUAUACGUGAUCCGGAGUCGUGCAGUCGUUCGAUAACCUGCAUUGAUGGCAAGAGCGUUUAUAGCACCUGCAAGGGCACCACGCCGUUCUUCGACAAGGAUUCGCUGAAGUGCGUCAAGACGCUGGAGGGAUCAGAUAGUUGUGGUGUGACCUGUGCGAAUGCGACUGGCCUAUUUAUAUCAGAUCUAAAGUCAUGCUUCGGCUACUAUUAUUGUAUGGACGAGGAGACGCCCGUUUAUGGCGUCUGUCCGGACUCUACGCACUUCAAUGAGACCAUACAGGAGUGCACCUGGAGUCAUGCCUCCGAGUGCAAGACAAGCAGCUUUGACUACUGCAGCAUCAUCAAGAACGGCGUCAACUUUGACAAUGUGCAGGGCUGUAAUCGGUAUCAUGUGUGCACUAAGGGCGAACUGAAGGAUGAGACCUGCAAGACGGGCUAUUAUCAGGCCAGAACUGGGACAUGUGUGGACAAGAAUCUAGUCGAAUGUGAUGCCCAUCCCUUACCCAGCAAUGUGUGCGGCACAGCGAAGAGCCCCAAGAAGAAUGAAUUGGUGCCAGAUGGUGCCACCUGCCAGGGCUAUUUCUUUUGCGCGGAGCAGGCCAAUGGCACACCCGAUGAGAAUCCAAUAUGGGGCAAAUGCGGCGAUGACUUGUUCUUUGACAAGAGCUCACAGAAGUGCAUUGAGCCCAACAAGGUGGCCUGCUCGGAGGAUCGCUGCCAGGGCCGCACCAUUCCCUUCGUUUUGAGCUCCACCAAGGGCUGUCGCCACUAUUUGCGCUGUGCCGAUGGUCGCACCAUUGACGAGAAGACCUGCGGCAAUUACUUCUUCGAUGAAGCCAACGCCGUUUGUGUGGCUCAUAUUUUAACCUAUGCCAUAUGCUAG